CUUUUUCGAGAUUCUAUUUUCCGAAAUUUUGACAAUCAUAAGGAAGCACUCUUAUAGCCAAUUUCUAGAUAAUUUUAUCUAUCAGAUGUCUCCCAAAUAUUUCAUGAGUAACUGAGAUAUCUGGCAGAUAUUUAGAAGAUAUCCCAUGGACAAAGUUAUCAGUAAUUAUCUAGAAGUGAAGAAAUGAGUCAUUGUUCGAUUCUACCACUUGAACCUCUGGAUACUAGUAAAAAGUAGUUCGGACUGUUUGAAGCCAGCCCCCGUCCACUGAGGAAGAAAUAGAAAAAACAGAGGCCAGUAUUAAUCUACAGUCUUUUUUAUUUCAACAGUAAAUUUUUCAUCGAAUAUUUGUGUAAAUAAAUGUAUAAAAAAGGAACUAAUAAAAUACGGAAUAGAGAAACGCAGUGUCUGAUUUCGUUCGAAUAAACGAGAAACAUAGUGACGUGGAAUAAUCGAGAUUACGUCAAAUAAUCUUGUCCUACAUUGAACUAUCAACGUUAUAAGAUGGCUAAGUCAGAAAUUAAUUUGUUACAAGAGCUAUCAAUUAAACAAGGAUUUAUGCCUAUUUAUAAUUUUUCCGAAAAAGAUAUUAAUUACAAGAAACAAUUUAUAUGUAGCGUGGCUUGUAAAGAAUUGAUAACACAGGGUACAGGGAGUACAAAAAAAGAAGCCAAGCAUAAUGCUGCAAGAAACAUGCUGUCACUGUUGGCCACAAAUCGUAAAAUUCCAUUAUCAGUAGUUACUUCACAAGUAGUUACUUCACCAAUAGUUACAAACAUACCACAAAACCCCGAAAAAGUUUGCAACACAUCUUCAAGUGUACCAUUUCCAAAAGAAUACAACUCAAAUGAACAGUUCACUGUUGAACAUAAUUACAUUGGAAUGUUGCAAGAGUUCUGCCAACAAAAAAAAAUAUCAACGAAAGACAUUCAGUACGAACUUAUCUACGACGAAGGAUUACCUCACAUCAAAACAUUUACUGUAAAAGUCAGCUUGGGAUCACUAUGUGAAAGAGGCACGGGACAGUGUAAGAAGUCUGCUAAACAAGAAGCUGCGAAAAAAAUGCUACUACAUCUGAAUCCAAAUAUAAUAGCUAAUAAAAAUAUGGACACACAUAAGAACGACAUAUAUGAUAAGGAGACACUUGAGAAUAAUAUACGAGAAUUAGGUACAAAAAUAUCAGAAUGCGUUAACAAAGAUACUUUAUCAGUGGAAAAGUUAUCAGAAAAUGCAAAGUCGAUCUAUCUGAAAUAUACUAAAAGGACUAAUAUAAUCGAUCAGGAAAUCAAUCCCUUAACAAUCAAGGACUUCCAUAUGUUAUUUGAGAAGAAUUACUCCAAUAAAAUUACGUAUAGUAUGAAACAAAAAAUGCAGAUUAUAUUGGACAAAUACCGAGAAGAUCCACAUCUGAUGCAUGAGAUCAGACGAGAUAUAGAACAAGUAUUAAAAAUUACGAUACAACAAGUCACUGCAUGUAGCAAAUCACAGAAUUACUUGAUAUGCUUACGCUUGUUGUCCAAUCCUUGUAUUACGCAAUUCGGCAUAGGUGAGAAUAAAAUGGUAGCAGAAUGUCGUGCCAUGUAUAAUCUCAUGAGAGCUAUUUUAAUUUUUAUUAAUUAAUUCUGAAUGUUUGAAUUUUUUAAUUUUAUAUAUAUAUAUUAAUAAAUUCGUGAAUUAUCAAGAUUAAUACAUAAACAUAUAGAACGACAAUUUGUUUAUGAUUGCAAAUAUUUUACAAUUAAGAAUAUAUACAUUUGGCAACACACAUGCAUUUAUAUGACUUUGUUUACAUCGGGCACUUAAUACGCGUACUAACCAGUAAUUUUCUAUUAAAUUAUUUUAAUUUCGGCGAUGCGUGUAAAUGUAUACACAAUAUGGUUAUUUAAUUAAUCAUCU